UAAAAAUCUUUGUUUGCAUUCUACUGAAGAAACAAAGUCACCUACAUCUUGGAUGCCCUGGGGGUAAGCAGAUAAACAUCAAAUUUUCAUUUUUGUGUGAACUAUCCCUUUAAUGUCUUGUGAAGUGAAAAGCUGCAUGUUUAUAAGAAACAAAUCCAUCAUUGAAGCAUUUUAACUUUAAACCAUUGCGUCUUGCCAUUAUCAAUAAUAACGCUUCCUCCAGAGAAAAUGUCAAUCCCCUGUUGUCCUCUUCCAUCAAAAUCCAUCAAAAUCCACCAAUAUACUUGUUUAGAAUGGUGCUUGAUCUGUGCACAUUUCUCUCCUGACUCAGCCAAGGUGAUUUUUUUUUGACUGGAGGAAGUAAUAUUAUGGAUAGAGGACUCAUAUUUUAGCUGGAAGUAGUGGUUUGAUUGACGUCUUUAUGAUGGAUUUACAAACUUGCAGCUUUCUGCUUCACAAGAUGUUAACUGAUGGUCUGGAGUGGUGUGGAUCACUUUUGGAUCAUUGUGAUGUUUUUAUCAGCUGUUUCUUUAAAAUUACUUUUGUUGAUGUAACCUACUGUAAUCGGGUUGAUAGUCAUAUUUAUUUUUAGAUAUCUGCUGGUUAUUCUGAAAAAAUGCCAAGUUAGAAACAUUUCUGUUUUUGAAUGUUUAUAUUCCGAGAUGGAAAAAAAUCCUGCUUAAAACGACUCCUGGGAUGGAUGGUAAGGUGUGCACACCUGUGAGUCAUCCAGGGGAGGGUGGGGACUUUCAUGCAGACAGACCUGUGCUGUGCCACUGUAGCGUGUCCAAACACUCCCUUGAUGGAGCUGAAGGAACAGAUCAGAGGCACCUCUGCUCAGGGCGGAGGGAAGAGGAGGACAUUCAUGUUGACCUGCAGAGGAAACAAGAAGUCACACAUUUUUAAUGGCUGAUUUGUAUGUGUGAAUGUUGACGUCUUACUUUUAAGUUGUUGGGCUGGGUGCCAUUCAUACCGUAGGGGAAUAUUUUACCCAUGCACUGUGCAUUGGGCUUUGGGUGGGCCCCAUCUUUGGCCACCAUACCUCCUGUGUUCUCGCACUACCCAGACAGCUACAGGGCAGCGUGCCAUGGCAGACUUGCUGGACUCAUUGUAAUUGGGAAAAAGCUGCUCAACGAACCUGACAAAAGCAUUAGCUCAGUGCCCAACCCGUUCACCAGAAGUGUCACCAGGGUCCCAAACCGUGGUCUCAGUAUCUCGUCAUGUGGUCAGUCCUCUGCCGGUGGCACUACCCCCGUGAGUCACCUCCCCUCCCGCUCCGGCAGCCCAGGCACUGGCCCCGGUCUCUCCACAGAGCACAGCUCCAUCUGCUCCUGGAGAUAUGAUGAGUUUGAGCGGGCAAAUACACAGCGUGUGCGUCAGCUCUUUAACUCUGUGGAUGAGCUGCUGUAUGAGGGGAGAGUCAGCAGCCGCUCGGAGUCCCUGCAGGAGGAGUGUGAGGAGUGGAACAGACACACCCCUCAUCUCAGAAUUUUAGGGAAUCAGUUGGAGCCUCCCAAACAGGAGGGUGUUCAGUACAUCUUCAGACGAGAGUCCAGUGCCAGAACCUCCUUCUUCUCCACACCCAGCUGUCUGGACAAAAGAGAAGACCAUAGCGAGCUGUAUGUAGCAGGCCGCAGUCUGGCCCCGGGCCUUUGGUGUGAGCAGUCUGUCCAGAGCUCUAGCUCCCCUCUUUAUGAUCAUUCACUCGACCUCACUGAGAAAGAGGAGGUGUAUGAAGCAGAGGGCAGCAUUGAGGAGUUUUUGGCUUAUGAUGGAAAAGAAAUGGAAGAGGAAGAGGUGGAUCAGAGGAAGUCUUCAUCCGUGGCCCCCAGGGGUGGGGUCCCCCCGGUAUCCCCUCAUGUAUGCAUCCGUGACGCAGUUGCAGAUGAGCUGUUUGAUGACAUAUGGAGGGAGGUGGUGGGUCUUCUGGAGGAGCUCUUACACAAGUACUGGGCGAAACAGCUCCCGGAUGGAGCAACACAGAGGAGAAUAUUAGAGAGCUCCAGUCAAGCGCCUUCAUCUCAACUCCCUGUUAAAGGACAUCAUCUUCUGUUGUCCAGAGGUUCCAGCAGCAGAACCACAUUCCUGUCCACAUGCAGCAAUAAUGACUCAAGUGCCUACAAGAUUAAUUUAAAUGGUGUUAUGACAAUCCAAGCAAAGCCACUGCAACAGAGACAUCAGGGAUUUAGUGAGAGAGCCCUGUAUGACCCAGAUGAUGGAGCGAGCGUGUUGAUGUGUGUGAAGACCCAGGCUCUAAGAGGGUCCAGUUUACUCAUACAGAAACCCGCAGCCCAGCGCAGACUCCCCAGACUCAGUGGCAGGGUUCGGAUGUACCACAACCUCACAGGAAAUGGAAGCCAAAUCUUACGAGGAACUAGACUAUCCACUGUGAAUGAAAGCCUGCCCUCUCCACCGGUGAGUGCCGUUCAGAGCCACAGGCUUCCUCAGAUACAUUCUGAGUCUCAAGAGCAAGAAUACUAUGCACCUAUUUCCAGGCUUGUGCAGCUCAGAGGAAGGAUCCUAAGAGGCGGCGCUGCCAGUGUCAUGCACGCAGUAAACAACCUCCCACCUCUGAGAGAGCCCACCCUGAUGCUGGAGUCUCUGUCUCGACCCAAUACUACUCACACAUUCAGAUCUGACACCCCUAUGAAAAGGUCCUUCACACCCAUGGAUUUUGCCUGUAACAUGAGGACAAGUCGAGGACUUGUCAAAGGUGAGAGCACACCUAUGGGUGUGACAGGCUUCAGUAUGGGCAUCACCAGCUCUACAGCUAGUGGGUUUUUGGAGUGUGUCACACCCAGCAGGAGGCGUCUACCCUGUACUGAUGGGGAUGGAGGGAACAUGCCUCUGAUCGGAUCUAUAGGUGGCCAGAAUCAUCGGAAACAGCUGAGCCGGUUUCCACUGCAUGUGAGGAAGAAAUUUCAACCUGUCAUGCCAUAGCAGGGGAGUUAAUUUUGUAAUUACACGAAAGAGCUUAAUGAGCCAGAUAUUAUGAAUACAAUAGACUUAUGCACUGUCAUAAUUUCAGUUGAUUGUGAUUUGCUGUAUGGUUUGCCACUGGAUGUCCAGUCACAUGCAGUGCCUUCAGUUUAUGGACUUUUCACAUUGACCUCAACAUCUGGAGCAAACAGGACUAAUGACCUCCCAUUUUUCCUUUGAAUGAAUGCCAAACAUCUUUUGUUAUAGUAAGUUAAUGCAUAUAUCAUGUAAAAUAUAAUAUUUAUUUGUUCAUACUGCUUAAACAGAUGUCUGCGGCCAACAGGUUGAUUAAAAACAAUUCAUAGACUAAUUAUUUUUAUUUUUCAGUGAUGUCAGUUCUACCAAACUGUUUGGUUCAACAAAAUUUUAUUGAGACCUUUAUCUGCUUGGUGAAGUCAUUUGCAAUAAAAUUGUUAUAUAAUUUAGCAAAGGUUCAGUGAUAUAUCACAGUGAUCAUC